AUGGCUGCUUCCAGCAACUACUCAAUCCUUUUCUUGAUCGUAGCAUUAUUGUCCUUUUCAAGCAUAUCGACAAGUAAUGCUGCUCGUAGCCUAAUGCAACUUCCCAACUUGCCUACAAUCCCGUCGUUGCCACAGCCAACAAUGCCACAAUUUCCAAAUAUUCCAAACUUGCCUACAACAUUGCCACCAUUGCCUAACAUGCCUUCACUUCCAAUAUUGUCCUUAUCAAGCAUAUCAACAAGUAAUGCUGCUCGUAGCCUAAUGCAACUUCCCAACUUGCCUACAAUCCCAUCAUUGCCUCAGCCAACAAUGCCACAAUUGCCAAAUAUUCCCAACUUGCCUACAACAAUGCCACCAAUGCCUGCCAUUCCCAACAUGCCCUCACUUCCAAACAUUCCCACAAUUCCUACACUUUCACCUCCUCCAUCCAACUAA